UGUGGCGCAAACUGUGCGGUGACUGAUAUUCGUGUAUAUCCGGGGCUAACGAUCCAAAGCUUUACGAGCCAUCCAUACUAUACGGGCGGUCAGUAUUUCAUGACAUCCGAGUUUGAGAGCAAUCAAUUGAAAUCUUAUGAUUUGGCAUUAAUACGACUCAACACCGCUAUACCAUUGGACGGGACGACCGGUUCGUCGGGUAUUAACUCGAUUUGUUUGCCCGAAGAGAUGGCCGUCAAUGAGGGGGAAGAAUACGUGCAAUUGGUCGGGUUCGGGGACGACAACGAUAACGGGACGGGAGCGGGAAUACAGCGAAUUGGUUUCGCUAAACUCAUGAAAGCCGUUGCGGACAACACCUUUGGCCAAAACUACGGUUUCGCUGCACAACGCAUACCAUUCCCGUCGGGUUCGGGGUGA